AUGACGAAGGUUCACUAUUCCCGGGCACCGGAAAACAGCACCAAGUCGUGCAAGGCUCGUGGAUCCGACCUCCGUGUUCACUUCAAGAACACCCACGAGGCCGCCAUGGCUCUCCGCGGAAUGCCUCUGAGACGCGCCCAGGCCUUCCUCGCUCACGUCAAAGAGCACAAGGAGAUCGUCCCGUUCAGACGUUUCCACGGAGGAAUCGGACGUGCAGCUCAGGCAAAGCAGUGGAACACCACCCAGGGAAGAUGGCCAGUCAAGUCUGCUGACUUCCUCCUCGACCUGUUGAAGUGAGUUUUUGUUUGAAUUCUUUUUAAAUUGAUUUUCUCGUUUUCAGGAACGCUGAGAGCAACGCCGAGUACAAGGGACUCGAUGUUGACCACCUUGUCAUCGAGCACAUCAACGUUCAGCGUGCUGCCAAGCUCCGCAGAAGAACCUAUCGUGCUCACGGAAGAAUCAACCGUAAGUUGUUUUUCUUUGGUUUUUAACCCUCUUCGGUUACGAGUAAUCGUAACUGAUUUAUCACGAAUCGAAUAAAAUUAUUUAUCAUUGUUUUCCAGCGUACAUGUCGUCUCCAUGCCACAUCGAGGUUAUCCUGGCCGAGAAGGAGGACGUCGUCACCAAGCCAACCGAUGAUGCCCCGAAGGUCAAGAAGGAGUCGAAGAGAAAGCAACGCCGCCAAUUGGCCCGCGGAGAAUUCUAA